CUUGCUUGCUCGCUCUUCAUUCUCUCUUCGUUAUUUCUUCACCAUUUCCCCGUCUUAGUCUCUUUCUCCCUCUAGUUCCUUCUAACACUACUGAAUUUGAAGUUGAAUCGCCAAUUGAAGCAUUUUGUUGGUUGUUGAUUGCUCUGGAUCAGACUUUUGUCAUAUGCAGAAGUAGCUUGGACAAAAUGGCUACUUAUACUCCAAAGAACAUCCUAAUUACUGGUGCUGCUGGGUUUAUUGCAUCCCAUGUUUGUAAUCGGCUCAUCCGUAACUACCCUGACUACAAAAUUGUUGUGCUUGAUAAGCUUGAUUACUGUUCAAAUCUGAAAAAUCUACUGCCCUCCAAAUUAUCCCCCAACUUCAAGUUUGUUAAGGGAGAUAUUGGAAGUGCUGAUCUUGUGAACUACCUUCUCAUUACGGAGUCCAUUGACACAAUAAUGCACUUUGCUGCCCAGACCCAUGUUGACAACUCCUUUGGUAAUAGCUUUGAGUUCACCAAGAAUAAUAUCUAUGGUACCCAUGUCCUUCUUGAGGCCUGCAAGGUCACUGGCCAGAUCAGGAGGUUCAUCCAUGUAAGUACAGAUGAGGUUUAUGGGGAAACAGAUGAGGAUGCUGUUGUGGGAAACCACGAGGCUUCUCAGCUUCUCCCAACAAACCCAUACUCUGCGACAAAGGCUGGAGCUGAAAUGCUUGUUAUGGCUUAUGGUAGGUCGUAUGGUUUACCUGUGAUAACAACACGUGGAAACAAUGUUUAUGGGCCCAAUCAAUUUCCUGAAAAAUUGAUCCCCAAGUUUCUCCUACUGGCAAUGAGGGGAAAAGUUCUACCAAUUCAUGGGGAUGGAUCCAAUGUGAGGAGCUAUUUGUAUUGUGAGGAUGUUGCCGAGGCUUUUGAAGUUAUACUUCACAAGGGAGAGGUUGGCCAUGUUUACAAUAUUGGGACAAAGAAGGAAAGAAGAGUAAUUGAUGUGGCCAAAGAUAUAUGCAAAAUUUUCGGGAUGGAUCCAGAUACAAAUAUCAAGUUUGUGGAUAACAGGCCUUUUAAUGACCAGAGGUACUUUCUGGAUGAUCAGAAGCUAAAGAAUUUGGGCUGGUCUGAAAGAACUGCCUGGGAAGAAGGGUUGAGGAAGACAAUGGAAUGGUAUAAUCAGAAUCCUGAUUGGUGGGGUGAUGUCUCUGGGGCACUGCUCCCUCACCCAAGAAUGUUAAUGAUGCCUGGUGGGAGACACUUUGAUGGAUCUGAAGAGAACAAGUCACCAACUCAUGUAUCCAGUAAUUCUAACCAGUCCAAAAUGGUGGUUCCAGUAUCCAGGAGCAGUGGCUCUCCUCGAAAACCACCAUAUAAGUUCUUGAUCUUUGGCAGGACUGGCUGGAUCGGGGGACUACUUGGCAAGUUAUGCGAGAAACAGGGUAUUCCAUACGAGUAUGGAAGGGGCCGUCUGGAGGAUCGCUCGUCACUAAUAGCAGAUAUUCAGAACGUUAAGCCCACCCAUAUUUUCAAUGCUGCUGGUGUGACUGGGAGACCCAACGUUGACUGGUGUGAAUCCCAUAAGACAGAAACUAUUCGCACCAAUGUUGCUGGAACAUUAACGUUGGCAGAUGUUUGCAGAGAGCAUGGACUCUUGAUGAUAAACUACGCCACCGGGUGUAUUUUUGAGUACGAUGCCACUCAUCCUGAAGGUUCAGGCAUUGGGUUCAAAGAAGAAAACACACCAAAUUUCACUGGCUCCUUCUAUUCGAAAACCAAAGCCAUGGUUGAAGAGCUCUUGAAAGAAUAUGACAAUGUCUGUACCCUUAGAGUCCGAAUGCCAAUAUCAUCUGACUUAAACAACCCUCGCAACUUCAUCACCAAGAUAUCUCGUUACAAUAAAGUUGUCAAUAUCCCCAACAGCAUGACCAUCUUGGAUGAACUUUUACCUAUUUCUAUUGAGAUGGCAAAGCGGAACUUGAAGGGUAUAUGGAACUUCACGAACCCUGGGGUCGUUAGCCACAAUGAAAUCCUCGAGAUGUACAAGAGUUACAUCGACUCCAACUUCAAAUGGGCUAACUUCACAUUGGAGGAGCAAGCCAAGGUCAUAGUUGCCCCUCGAAGCAAUAAUGAGAUGGAUGCUACAAAGUUGAAGACGGAGUUCCCUGAGUUGCUGUCUAUCAAGGAAUCGCUGAUUAAGUAUGUCUUUGAACCGAAUAAAAGGACCUAAGCAUGAUAGCAUAUGCAGUUGUAUGUCUUUGGAUGGCAUGUUACUUCUACAACGUUGAAGACAAAGUUCUCUGAGUUUCUGUCUAUCAAGGAAUCGCUGAUUUAAGUAUGUCUUUGAACCGAAUAAACGGACCUAAGCAGGAUAGCAUAUGUAGUUGUAUGUCUUUGGAUUGCAUGUUACUUCUCACAUAGCUCUACAUUACUCACCUAUAAUUCAUUGUUAGCUUCAUUCCAUUCCGCAGUAUUACCCUUGGACUAGAAAUUUGACGAGGAUAAGCGUCUCGGUUGUGCUUCUUUAAUUAAGUUUUUUUGUUCUUUUUGGAAUAAGUAUUUUAGUUGGCGUCUUCGCCUGGUGGCUCAAAAAAGCUUCUCUAGGAUUGGAUUAUCUGCAAACUUGCAGAAGUGUAUUCUCUAUAAUUGAUUGGAGUAAUGUUUGUUUUUCUAUUCUUUAUUAUUUUGCUCAAAAGUUGAAGAGCUG